UUCAAAACAGUCAUUGGUUUGGCCAUAGGCCAAUUCCCCGAUUCGCUAAUGAGUGGAGCCCAACCCGCUCUGAAUGCAAGCAGCGACGGUAUAAUGUUUAUGUUUAUGCUCAAGCCGUACUUUGAGAUGGUUGCCCAGAUUACCAUACGCUACAUGAUGCCGGCCGCACUCCUGACGGUGGCUGUCCUGACACUGUUUGGGUACACGCACUGGCCCAGAUGGUUUGUCGUCUGCAAUCCAGGGAUCAUUCAAGGUGCUAUGUAUGUGGCUGGGUUAUAUACGGGACCUGAGUAUGUCGCGGUUCGCGUGUACCUGAUUGUGGUGGCGUAUAAUCUGAGCAUGGCGCUGUUCUACGGCUUAUCCGCGGCUGUGGUGAUAUGUGGGUUCGACACACUCUCAGUCACACAGGGAGUCAAACCUGUUGUCCGUUCCCAAAAGAAAGUAUCGUAGCCUAGUGGACUGUGUGUCGAGGCCCGUACUUAGUAUCGUGCAAAUACAUCACGUGAACUUGUGUCGGCUGUGACCGGCAUUCGUGUCAAGCUGGACCUUCGAGUGGUGAAGAAUCUCAUUGAUGAGUGUUGCCUAUAGUCGAUGGGGCAUUCGGGCGUACUUGCCAUACGGUUGUCGUACACUUAGCUGGUUUUAAUUGUUGACCGAACGAUGCAGAUAACUGAUUGUAGGUUCAGAUACACAUCGCCACCUAUAUAACUAUGAAGUAGGAACAAGGGACAGUGUAAUGCACUUGCCAUGAAUAUCAUUGCGGAAAUAUUGCAUAGUAUCACCAUAUUCCCCAUCUUGAGCACUCAGGGGUUGUACAUUGUAUGAUGGACCGCUCUAUUCAAUCAAGAGGCUAGAGGAUAAACACAUCGCUUCUUUGUUUCCGUAUUGUUGAGACAAGGUUGUAUUUUUCCAUCUUUUUUUUUCACUUCCGUAUAACCAUCCAGUCCCCGCCAUCGCACACUACCAAUCCUGGGUUGAUUCUGUGCUGAAAAAACACCCCCUCUCAGCCUAACUUCUACUCACUGUGGC